CAUCUGCAUCACUUCCUCACCUCCUUGAUUCUAUCUGGGCAGUAUGACAGAACCUUCUCCUGUCGCUGCUUCAGAACAGCGCGCAGCUCCAAAACAUCGGUACACCUCGUUAUCAUCCCUCAUGACCGACACUCCAGACGCGCCGGUCGCAGAUGCAAAGUUUGCAUCCCGCAAGCCUUCGGGACAUCUACAAGCGGCGAGACCGGAACAUAGUGGAGGGUCAAGUACCAGUAGGAGCAGGAGUAGAUCCAGGAAUCGGAAUGGUGGCAAGGGCAAAGCUAAGGCGGAAGAACGAGAUAGACAGUUGAGCACGUGGAAGAUGUUAGCUUUGACAGUCUCAAUGGGGGGAAGUCAGAUCGCCUGGACAGUGGAACUGGGAUACGGUACCCCGUACCUCCUAUCGCUCGGUCUUUCUGAACAACUCACCUCUCUCGUCUGGCUCGCUGGUCCCAUUUCAGGUCUGAUCACUCAGCCACUCAUCGGAGCCAUCUCCGAUUCGUCUCUUUCACGGUACAGGAGAAGAUAUUGGAUCGUAGCGGCGACCGUCCUACUCGUCGUCAGCGGGUUCGGGCUGGCAUUUACCGAGCCCGUCGCUAAAGCUCUGGUCGAUUUGUUCGGUGGGGGAGAGGGCGAUUGGGAUCCGAGGAGUGCUGAUCUGGUAAAGAAGACGGCCAUUGGGAUCGCUGUAUUUUGCUUCUACUGUUUGGACUUUGCCUUGAACGCGCUUCAGGCGUCGCUGAGAAACCUUGUGCUGGAUAUCACUCCCGGAGAACAGCUAGCCACUGCGAAUGCUUGGCACGGGCGGUUCAAUCAUGUGGGGAACAUCAUCGGUUUUACCUUAGGCGACGCUCGCUUCCUGAAUCUAGGUCAAGUACCGAUCAUCCGUCUUCUAGGUGGCGGACAAUUUCGAAAAGUCUGCGUCGUCGCCCUGGUCCUCCUAACAUUGACCGUAUGGAUAACAUGCUGGACUCAAGAGGAGGAUGAGCGGGAAAGCAUUUUUGGCGAGAGAAGAGCGACUCUUCGUAACAUCGUCGGCACCAUAUACGAGGCUGUCUUGCAUCUGCCAAAGCCGGUUCGAAGAGUCUGCAUAGUACAAGUCCUAGCUUUCACCGGGUGGUUCCCUUUCCUCUUCUAUUCUACCACUUACGUGGCUGAAGUCAUGGCCCAUGAGAUCGGUCGAGAACCGGACAUCGAUAAGGCGACUCGUGCGGGAAGUCUGGCGCUACUCAUAUACUCUUUUGUCGCCAUUGGAGCCGGCACCCUUCUGCCAUAUCUCAAUGCCCGCGACCGAAGACUCCUACAGCCACCCACGGAGAAGAUUGAGGACGAUGAAGAUGAAGAGGAUGAAGAGAUGGACAGAAUCCGAGAAAUGGUCAGGCAAUGGAAAGCUGAAGCUGCGAGGGAAGGCAGACCACUUAGUCUCCCCACCAUGCCUUUUAUGCUUCGAAAUAUAUGGACGGCUGGUCUGUUACUCUUUGCUAUCCUCAUGGGUUCGACAUUCUUCGUUUCCACGGUUUGGCAAGCUACCGUCCUGAUAUCUCUCGUCGGUAUCUGCUGGGCGAUUGCCUGUUGGGUACCAUUCGCUAUCAUCAUGGAGUUUCUCAAAGAGAUGGACGAUGCGGCUUCAUCUCCUACCAGCGUCACUCAAGGUCGGACACAACGUACGAACCCUUCUUACACUGCCCCAUCGUCCGCUAGACCCUUUCACUCUCGUGCAGUGUCCACCCCUGGUGGGCCGUGGGGCUCUCAGCCAAACUCGCCGGCGCCACCACACGAACGGACUGCAUUAUCAAGGAGCUGGUCAACUGCCGAUUUGGAGACAGCAGGUGAGAGCAUGGAAUAUACAGGUAGUGGACCUGUCGCGGGUGGGACAAUCAUGGGCAUACAUAAUCUGGCUAUCGUCAUGCCACAAUUUGCUAUCGCCGUCAUCGCUUCGCUCAUCUUCCAACUGGUCGAUGGAUCUCCUCCUCCAAGCACUGGGUUCGAAGGAGAAGUCGGGGCCGCACAAAAGAAUGGUGUGGCUUGGGUCUUACGUUUUGGUGGUUUGAUGGCUUUGAUUGGGGCUCUGAUCAGUCGGAAAGUACCUCCAACAAAGACGGAGAAAGCCAUGAGAAGACGGUUGGCAGAGAUGAGAGAACAAAGUGAAGAGUGAUGUUCUGGUGUUAUGAUGUUAUGAUAUUGUCAUCCGUAUAGUCACUGCCUCUGAUCGCGAAGUUUUAUGCAUCUCACGAAGGUUGUCAAAGGC